CUUUUUAUCCUCUAGUCGUUAGUAUCGACUACAAGUGAUAACCCUAUUGUUUUUUUUUUUUUUUGGAAAAGUAACAAACUUUUGUUAAUUUAAAACGGAGAGAUAUUCCCGGAAGUUCUAUUUAUCCAGAGUCUUGACCAAAAAAGCCAAGGGUUUGUUGCUGGAGCAGAGAAAGCAAAUGGAAGAUGACAAGAGCAUAUCUCUACUCCAAUCAUCAUCAGAAAUAGAAACACAAACCCAGAAGAGAACUGGUACAUUGUGGUCAGCAGUAGCACACAUAAUAACAGGAGUAAUAGGGUCAGGAGUGCUGUCCUUAGCAUGGAGUUUGGCUCAAUUGGGAUGGAUAGCAGGUCCCCUCACCAUGCUUAUCUUCGCCUUCAUCACCCUCCUUUCUGCUUAUCUCCUAUGCAACUGCUACAGAUCUCCUGAUCCUGAAUUUGGCCCUCUCCGAAAUGCUUCUUAUCUCCAUGCUGUUCGCUUCUAUUUAGGAGAGACCAGCGCUUGGAUUUGCGGCUUCUUUGUGCAUAUAAACUUAUACGGGAUAGGAAUUGCUUAUACCAUUACUUCUGCUAUCAGCAUCAGGGCGAUACAGGAAUCGAACUGUUAUCACAAUCAAGGGAACCAGUCUGCACCCUGUAAUUUUGGAAAUACUUAUUAUAUGCUAAUUUUUGGAUUUGUACAGAUUUUUAUGUCCCAGAUACCAAAUAUGCAUGACAUUAAAUGGGUUUCAAUAGGAGCUGCGACCAUGUCAUUCACCUAUUCCCUCAUAGUGCUCGGACUGGGAAUGAGUCAUGCUAUAGGAAAUGGUAUAAUUAAGGGGAGCAUAAAAGGAGUACCAACCACAAGUGUGAUGGAAAAAGUUUGGUUGGUGGCACAAGGGCUAGGUGAUAUAGCUUUUGCCUAUCCAUACUCCUUAAUUCUUAUUGAGAUUCAGGAUACACUGAAGUCUCCCCCAUCAGAAAACGAGACGAUGAAGAAGGCUUCAACAAUAUCUCUUGCAAUAACAACCUUAUUUUAUCUCCUUUGUGGAGGAUUUGGAUACGCUGCUUUUGGAGUUGAUACACCAGGAAAUCUUAUGACAGGACUCAAUGAGCCAUACUGGCUGAUUGACUUUGCUAAUGUUUGCAUUGUUCUUCAUCUUGUGGGAGGAUAUCAGGUGUUUAGCCAGCCAUUGUUUGCUGGUGUUGACAGAUGGGUUGCUCAGAAAUUCCCUGAUAAUGAAUUCAUCCACAAAUCACACACUUUGAAGCUUCCGCUUUUGCCUUAUCUCAGAGUGAACCUAUUUAGGGUGUGUAUACGAACAAGUUACGUUGCAUCGACUACCAUCCUUGCAAUUGUCUUUCCUUACUUCAAUCAAGUGUUAGGAAUUCUGGGAGCCCUCAUGUUUUGGCCGUUAUCUAUAUAUUUUCCGGUCGAGAUGUACUUAAAGCAGAGAAAUAUUGAAGCAUGGACAGGACGGUGGAUUGCUCUAAGAACCUUCACUUAUGUUUGCUUAGUGGUUACGUUAUUUGCUCUAUCAGGAUCAAUUCAAGGUGUUGUAACCGCAAAGUUAAUAAGUUGAGAGUUAUUUCAAAGAUUUGUAAAUAGUGAAGAAAACACUGUUAUCAUGUGUUAUAAGAUCUAGCUUCUAUGAAAAAUGAAUUCAUAACCCUAAAAGCACAAGUCAUGCUUGAGUGCUAGUUAUUUUUUCA